GAGAGAGGGAAAAGGCUCAAAUUUUCACAAGGGCCACCCAUCUCUCUCUCUCUCUCUCUCUCUCUCUCCAGUGUGUAUAUAUAUAAUAUAUAUGUAUAUAUAUGCCCAAAAGGUUUUAAAUUGUGAGGCCUAAAAAGAAGAAAGUCAGAAAUUCAAAUCUGGGUUUGAAUCUGUUGGUAAAGUAAGUGUGGGGGAAAAUGGUGAUCAUAACACAAGAAAUAAUCAAGCAGUUCCACACUUUGAUGGAAGAAAUCGAUGAGCCGCUCAAAAACACCUUCAAGAAUAUUCAUCAAGGAUAUCCAACUGAAACUCUGGUGCGGUUUCUCAAAGCGAGGGAUGGGAAUGUUGCCAAAGCCCAUCAAAUGCUGGUUGAUUCUUUGAACUGGAGAAUACAAAAUGGAAUCGACAAAAUAUUGGCGAAACCAAUCAUCCCUGCUGAUUUGUAUAGAGCAGUGCGGGAUUCACAGCUUGUUGGAAUGUCAGGUUACUCAAAAGAGGGUCUUCCUAUCAUUGCUGUUGGAGUAGGACUAAGCACAUAUGACAAAGCAUCUAUUCACUACUAUAUUCAGUCACACAUCCAGAUGAAUGAAUAUAGGGACCGCGUGAUAUUGCCUUCUGCAACAAAGCAGUAUGGGCGGCAUAUCAGCACCUGUGUGAAGAUUCUGGAUAUGACUGGUCUAAAGCUUUCUGCACUGAACCAAAUUAAGUUAUUGACAGCUAUAUCUACCAUCGAUGACCUGAACUACCCAGAGAAGACAGAUACAUAUUACAUUGUUAAUGUCCCUUACAUAUUUUCGGCAUGCUGGAAGGUUGUGAGGCCUCUUUUGCAAGAAAGGACAAGGAAGAAAGUUCAGGUGCUGGCAGGUUCUGGAAGGGAUGAGUUAUUAAAGAUAAUGGAUUAUUCAUCUCUCCCACAUUUUUGUAAAAGAGAAGGAUCAGGAUCAUCUCGACAUUCUAGAAAUGGAACAAAUGAUGACUGUUUCUCAUUGGACCAUGCCUUCCAUCAACAGCUCUAUAGUUAUGUCAAGCAUCAAGCUGAGCUCAUGGAACCCACUACACCAAUAAAACAGGGGUCAUUCCAUGUGGAUUUCCCUGAGCCAAACCCAGCCGAUGCUAAGAUAGCUGAAACAUUACAAUCUGAGUUUCAGAGGCUUGGAAUUCAGAAUGGGCUUUCCAACUCGCCUGAUAACGUUAAUAUAAGCAUUGAUUGA